GGGUUAUUUACAAGGAUUAUAUACAGUGAAAUAUAUCUGAUUGUCAAUGAAGGGAUCUAACUUAUACAACACGAUACACUGUAUCAUAAUCAGGUUGAAAUGUGUGGUCACAUGACGAAGUUGUAAAUGCCGGUCACGUGAAUUUAAGACAACCGUUCAUACAGUUUCUGUAAGGGGGCGUGACUAAUCGGGCAUAUAUGUUGCAUUGUUCGUUAAUUCAACUACACGAAGAAUUGUUCUUGAAGUUAAAGGAUAUCGACAAAAUUUUAAGCGCUUCUCAACGGGCACACUGUGUACGUUGUAACAAUCAAUAUCACGUGUGAAAUGGUUCAGUAUCCAGUCUGAAGUUUACACCUGCCUGACGUUAUCUGUAUAAGGAUGUACCUUGUGGUCGCCGUGCCGCAUCAUCUUUUAAAGUAUUAAGAACACAAGCAAGCAACAGUUCCAUCCUGAAAAAUGGGAUCCAAAUAUUUUGACUUAUUCGGCAAAAGUAUAACGCCUCAAACGUCACAAAGUUUGUUUAAAGUACUAGUUAGUGUUGUAUACCUGUUUGUUGCUCACGUAACAGUAAGUGUAGCGGUCAUCUUUGUAAAUGACCGUCUGCCGGACAGGGAUAAAUACCCUCCUCUCCCGGACUUAGUGUUGGACAAUCUACCUUACAAACCGUGGGCUGCACAUGCUGCCGAGAUUUGCCUGGCCACGGAGGUACUUUUAUGGGCUGUUGUUACGUCAAUUCAUAAAAAAGGAUUUCAAAUCGCCCAUAGGACAUUUCUUAUAGCUGGUACCAUGUACUGGCUGAGGAGUGUAUGUAUUCUUGUAACUUCACUGCCCGUUCCGGACGUUAACAAGAAGUGUUAUACUUUUCCUGAAUCGAACGUAUGGGACAAACUACACAGGGCGUAUCAAUUUUACACCCGCUUUGGGUUGCAGAUGACUGGUGCUAAGACCUGUGGUGACUAUAUAUUUAGUGGACAUACUACAAUUUUAACAAUUUUGAACCUAUUUAUUAACGAGUACGCUCCAAGGUCUCGCUGUUUUAUUCGCGGCAUUACUUGGUGUUUAAAUAUCAGCGGGAUUAUAUUCAUUCUGUUGUGCAGAGGACAUUAUACAAUUGAUGUUGUCAUAGCAUUCUAUAUAUCUUAUCAGGUAUUCACAGCCUACCAUUGUGUUCUAGUUAAGGAACGGACAAGUACUCUUCCGUGGAAAUACGUGGACAUGGUGGCGGAAUGGUUCGAACCAAAUACAGACAGUAAGCUUCGAGAAAUCAUAACUACAUAAGCCUUACAUGUUUAAUCAGGGAAACUCUCUAAUUACAUCAUAUAUAUUAACCAUACUGUA